CUGAUCCAAAUCGUACUCGCUUAAUCGGUAAAAUCCAGGAGGUCAAAUCCUCGGCGGCGUAAAAGUCCUCGUUUUCACCCUUCCGCUUUAUUUUCUGAGAACCCUAGAUCAGAUCUUCUUCUUCUGCUCAUCUGCUAUCUCUCGCUAGCUUCGAUUGGAGGUUUUCUUUUCAUCUCUUAAUUUCAAUUAAACAAUCAAGCGGGGAGAGGAAGACAUGGACGAUAGCUGUGCGGUGUGCGCCGAAUCUCUCGAAUGGGUGGCCUACGGGCCCUGUGGGCAUCGGGAGGUCUGCUCCACCUGCGUCGCUCGGCUCCGCUUCAUCUGCGAGGAUCUCACUUGUUGCAUCUGCAAGACCCAUUCCGAUGUUGUUUUCGUCACCAAGGCCUUAGGAGAUUAUACAAGGAUGAUUAAUGACUUUUCAGUUUUACCAUCCCAAGUAAGAGAGGGGAAAGUGGGAUCAUACUGGUACCACGAGGAUACACAAGCAUUUUUUGAUGACAUGGACCACUACAAGAUGAUCAAGGCAAUGUGCAGGCUUUCAUGUAGUGUAUGUGAUAAGAUGGAGGGGCAACCAAAUGAUGGCUCAAGGCGCCGGGCGAAUUUUAGGAACAUUGAGCAGUUGAAGGGUCACUUAUUCCAUCAACACAAGUUGCUUAUGUGCAGUCUUUGUUUGGAAGGAAGGAAGAUAUUUAUUUGUGAGCAAAAGCUCUAUACUAGAGCUCAAUUGAAGCAGCAUAUAAGCACAGGGGACUCUGAGGUGGAUGGAAGUGAGAGUGAAAGAGGUGGUUUUACAGGGCAUCCUAUGUGUGAAUUUUGCAGAAGCCCAUUCUAUGGGGAAAAUGAACUGUACUCACACAUGUCUACAGAACAUUACACCUGUCAUAUAUGCCAAAGGCAGCAUCCAGGACACUAUGAGUAUUAUAAGAAUUAUGAUGACCUAGAGAUCCACUUCCGUCAAGAGCAUUUCUUGUGUGAAGACGAGGCCUGUCUUGCCAAGAAGUUUAUUGUCUUUCCAUCCGAAGAAGCCUUGAAGAGACAUAAUGCUCUUGAGCAUGGAGGACGAAUGUCACGUUCGAAACGUAAUGCUGCUCUACAGAUACCAACUAGCUUUCGAUAUCGACGAAAUAAUGAACAAGAUCGCCGUCGUGGAAGAGGACGUGCGCUUCAAUUCGAUUCUUCUGAAAGUCAGCUUUCUAUGGCCAUUGAAGCAAGUUUGGAGACUGCUAAUGCAGAUCGUACAUCUCACGAUCCAUCAUCAUCAUCCAGUUUGCAAGUUGCUCCAGAUCCUGUAGAUGCAAGUGAUAUUGAUGCAAUCGUUCACCCAUUUGAAUCAUUAGCUACAACAGAUUCUGAAUCAUCUGUGAGAUACCUUCAAGCCUUGGGAAGCUCAAGGAAUGCUUCUUUGGAAGAAUCUUCCUUUCCUCCCCUCCCCAAGGCACCCAAAAGCAGGCGGCAAAAACCAAAACCAGGCUCAGAAGAUUUUCCUAGUAACUCUAUGGCAGCACAUCUUCGCCGCCAAAGAAAUGUGAGUGUUCUUAAUUCAGCUCAGGCAUGGCCAGCUGCAAGUCGCAGGUCUCUGCCCCUUGCAAGUGCUUCAACCCAAUCUAGACCUACAACAAAUACAGCACCUAUACCAUCAGGUAGUUCUGGGCAGUCUAAUACGGCCACUAGCAACGGGCUAGCAACAUCUAGUUAUGCAAGUUUGGCUCAAGCUCGGCCAACUCAUACACUUCUAUCAGUUGGCUCAAGGGACUCGGGUAACACUGAUAGGAUCAGCCACUCUGCAUCAGCCCCAGAUCUUGUGGAGCAUGGGUCUGUAGAACCUUCAAUUUCGGAUUUCCCUCCAGUUUCUGCAGCACAAAGGCCCAAGUUGUCCAUGAGUAGCCAGGCUUCGUUAAAUGUGGAGAAUGUUCAGACUGCAAACCGGUCUUUGGUAGAAAAGAUCCGUGCUACCCUUGAAUUUGAUGAAGACAAAUACACAUACUUUAAAGACAUAUCUGGACAGUAUCGCCAGGGUACAAUUGACACAGGAAGUUAUCUGGAUUAUGUGCGGCAGUUUGGCCUGUCACAUCUUGUUCUGGAGUUGGCCCGUCUCUGUCCUGAUACACGGAAACAGAAAGAGCUUGUUGACACCUAUAAUGCUAGUUUGCAAAGCAAUGUUCCACAAGCUAAUGGUUGGGGAACCGGCAAUGCCCACCUAAAAGACAGCAAAGGGUCUAAGAAAGGUAAAGGGAAGUCCGUGGCUGUUGAAGACAGUAAUUCAAAGGAUAGAUUAGCAAAUAGCAUUUUGGGCACUGUAAAGCAAUUGCAAUCGACGUUCAAGCCCUCAGAAGAAGAGGCAGAGGUGUUAUCUAAGGAUGGUUACCGUGCUUCCAAAGGCAAAUCAAAGGUUUCAAUGGAUGACCAGCGUGUGGAGCUAAAUACUGGUAGUCAACCCUUAAUGAAGGCGCUGGGUCAGAAUAAUUCCCAAUCAGCUGGUAGUAUAUCUGAUCAGAAUGUAGGGGACGGUGGUGGAGGGAGUAAGCAACGAAAGAAAACCCCAAAGUUCCUCAGAGCUCGAUUGGGCGAUGGAUUCGUGGCACUUUUGGAUCCCAAAAAUAAAGAUACUGACUCAAAUUCAGAAGCAAUGAAUGAAAGUUCAGAUGCCACUGGUGGGUUGCCUGUGCGUGGUGUUUGGCGAAAUGGAGGCGGCCAUAAGCUCUUCCCUUAGUAGUCUCCAAGGGAUCCAAAAAUUACAGAUUCCGGUUGUUUUAUCAAAGAAAGUUGGAAGAAUCAAGGUUAUCAAAAUCAUAUUUGAUUAAUCUUGGCAAAAGAUGGAGGAUUCCAUAUCUUGCCUUGAUUAUCAUGUUUUUGAAGUUGAAUUUUGGAUUGUCGAGUUCGGCCAUUUAGGCUAUAAAAGAUUUUGUGGCAUGGUAAUUUUGAAGGCAGAGACUAUGCUUUCCGAAUGGGUUUCCAAUUUC